GUUUCCUUCACAAGGCGGAUGCCAUAUUUUCACGAGCAGAAAUAUCCAGCGCAUGUCAUUUUAAAGUCACACAAAUGCGGAAACCGAACCACCAGCACGGGAGAGCUGCUAUCUCUGGCGGUUUGCCGCAUGAAAGUCGCUCAGACGAGGCAAGAAUAUUUUCACUCGGAUAUCAUUUCUCGUCAGUUCCAGACGCAUCGGCGCUCUAGAUGUCAAGGAAUCCUUCCGGAUACAUUUGCUUGUUUCCAGCGGAGAGUGACAAGCUCUACAUCGGAUGUGAGACCAGAAAAGGACUCACUUCUUGAUCGCGAAGUGCGAAAAAAAAAGCUGCAUUACGCGCGGUUCGUCCUCAUCGGCGACUGUUCUCCUGCAUCUAUCGUCCCUCUUCCGGGAAACAGCGUGGAGUCCCGCUGUUAGAGACUGUUGAGGGAGCACAUAUGCAAUGUGCUGAACCAGAGUCCGGGACUUCAAACGUCAAGCAACUUUUUCUUCCUCAUCAUCUCCGGCGGGACUUUAAUUUCCUGAGCAGUUCGUAACUCAUGUCAUGGAACCAUCAUUGGACAAAGGCGCACUGAAGAACACAUUUCUAAGGAAAAAGGGUAAUGAAGGAGGACGGCAGAAAUCGAAAUCGGCCUAAAGUUCUCUGUGCAGUGCUUUACUGAAGCUACAUCAAGUCAGAGAUGACUCAGGAGCAGUACAUCAUGUCUGCGCAGCCAAAUUCCCUCCACCAGCGGGGGGAAUCAGUAUGUGGGUCACAGGUCUAUCAAGCGGUAGGAAUCUACGGCUGGCGGAAGAGAUGCUUGUACUUCUUCAUUCUGCUUCUCUUAGUCACCAUGAUUGUCAACUUGGCUCUGACCAUCUGGAUUCUCAAAGUAAUGAAUUUCACGCCGGAUGGUAUGGGCAACCUGCGGGUGACAAAGGAAGGGGUCAGACUGGAGGGCGUGUCGGAAUUCCUGAAACCUUUAUAUGUCAAGGAGAUUCAGUCACGCAGGGACAGCCCGCUGAUCCUGCAGUCGGACAGAAAUGUGACUGUCAAUGCUCGGAAUGAUAAGGGAGAGCUGACUGGUCAACUCACAGUAGGCUCAGAGAUGGUGGAGGCACAGUGUCAAAGGUUCGAGGUGAGAAGCUCAGAUGGAGAGAGAGUCCUGUUUUCAGCAGAUGAAGACGAGAUCAGCAUCGGCACAGAGAAACUCCGAGUUACAGGUGAUGAAGGCAUGGUGUUCAGUCACUCUGUAGAGACGUCACAUGUGAGGGCAGAACCAUUCCAGGACCUAAAGCUGGAGUCCCCCACCCGAACACUGUCACUAGAAGCUCCCAGAGGAGUGGAGAUCAAUGCCGGAGUGGGAGAAUUUGUGGCGUCCUGUCGGAAAGACCUCCUCUUACAGUCCUCUGAAGGAGAGAUCCUACUAGAUGCAAACACCAUCAAGCUGGGCAACAUUCCUCUGGGCAGUGCCGUGGACCCACUAGAAGGGGCACCAGCGGGCACGACCUACACCAAACAGAUUGUGUAUGAGCUGUGUUCCUGUGCUAAUGGAAAGCUCUACCUGUCCCCAGCAGAGAAAGGCUCCACCUGCCAAACCACAAGUAACUUUUGUCUCUGGAGUUGAAAGUGGACUAAACUUCAAACGUAAUGAACAGAGGAAUUCUGGGCCGUUGCUAGCCGCCGGACUCUGAGGAGAGCUACUUCUGGCUAGCAGACCAAAAUGUCCCGGAAUCCGGGAUAAGGACGAGGAGGUGACAGUCCAUUUUCCAAUCAGAAAUUUGGGAUUACAGUUCCGUAGGAUGCACACCAUCACAGGCUGUCAGGGCGUGAAGCCAAUGCUAGCUGAUGGAGGAAGUUCACAGAGACGGACAUUUUCCAGAUGACCAAAUGGACCUGAGGCGAUGGACGAGUUGAUGGGACGCAACAGAGGAGUAGAACUGAAGACCUCUUAUGGACAUGUGAACUCACAUAACAUGAUCUGAGAUCCGAGAAUCUUAGAAUAGCAGAGCAGAAAAGUUGUAUUUUACUUCACUGUCCCGGAGUCCUCCUUUAUAUUUCAGAUGAACUGCAACAUUGCAAGUCGGGACAUGAGUCUUGGUUAGCGAAUGGAAGGGAAACAAAUUAAACAGUGGUUUGAUUCAUUGGGAAGCUAAAGCUAGCUAAUGGACCAAUCUAUACCAGAAAGGCCUUCCCCCUUCUCUAGAGUUCCAACCCAAAAAUUAAUGUGUGAAUCCGAUCCAUCAUCUUCCGCCUGUUUGUAAUUCAGAACUGAGUUUCCUGUGAGGUGUGGGUCAGUCGACACACGCCCACAUACUUGUUUUGAUGUUGUCCUCCAACUCUUUUGUGACUUUUAUUCUCUUUUCUGGUGUCACUCCAGUCACUUUUUCUGUACCCUGUUCUUGCCAUGCCCGUUCCUCAACUGUGUACAAAUUGACUCCAACGUUUUCCAAAUUAACUUGUUGCUUUCUGCCCUGCAAACUCACACAAUUGAGUCACAUUUUUCUCCGGUUAAAAGCGUCACGGGAAAUUCAAAGUAUAUUUUAGAGGAGUUUGUUUUAUACCUGAAGCUCCAGCGGGUAAUCCAUGUGAAUGGCCUGUGAAGUCUGAAAUGUGUGUGGCAGAAAUCUCGCUAGAGGGCAUUAUGAAUGGAUUGUGUUUGUGUACGGACUCCGCAGAAUGAAGGCCCUGAGGCGCACUUUCUUUUUUAAACAAAGCGAUACACAGGUGCCUUUGCUGCUGUUGGUAAAAGCACAUCACAGUCUGAACGUUAACACUAGCCUCAGCGGACCAUCUGCAAGUGUCUUUGGGCAGAAUUAUUUAUCAACAUACCUGUCUAUUUAUUUAGUUUUUGGCACUUUUCUUUCCCCUGGUUUUCCCAUCCACUCGAUAAAUCAAGCUGGAAAAAGAACAAUCCAAUCCACGUUUGAAAGUUUAUUUUUCAAGAGUUCCCUUAUGGUUUAUUGAUAACAAAAAAGCACAAAU